UAAUCUUCUUUGAUAUAAGUGAGAUUCUUUGAAUAUCAUAUUUACGCUUUACCACCUACUAUAUAAGAGUACGGACAAGUGGUUGGAAUCAUCAGUUACUAGAUACGUUCUCGUACAAGAUGAAACUCGCUUUGCUAUUUUUCGUCGUUAUAGCUACGACCUCAGCUAUACUAUGUAGUGAUUUGAAACAAGAUUUACAAGAUAUUCUGGCAACCAUCCCAUUACUUGAAAUUAAAGCUAUUGCUCGUGAACACGCUGAAAGUGAUAGCGAAUUCCAAGAAGUCGUCAAUUAUAUGCAAGGGCCCGAAUGGAAUAGCAUAAUCGAUACAGUUGGUGCCAAUCCAUCAUGGCAAAAGUUCAAAGUUUAUAUGGAUAACGCCGGAGUUGACAUUGAUGGUAUCAUACAAUAUUUCCGUGAUUUAGUCGCCGACGUUGAGAUAUCCAAAUGCUCUGAUGACGUGACUGCUCGUACUCUAAGGGAAUUCCUCGAUGAUAUUCAUAAAAUUCUCGAUGUAUCCCAAACACUUACCGUUUUCAACGACAAAUUAAACAACAGCCCGGAUUUCCAAGAAUUUUUCGAAAUAAUCUCCAGCGAAGAAGCUUACAAUAUGGCCGAAGAAAUCCGUGCUUUAGAAGAAGUUCAACGCGUCGCCGAACGUCUUACUGAAAUGGGUAUCGACAUUGAUAAAGUUAUUGACUUAAUUUACGAACUUUUGGGAUGGAACAACCAAACGGUAACCAGAGAUUAUCGAUCUGAAAUCCAAGCUAUUUUCUCAAACAUGUCAUUAAAUCAAGAUGACGUUACUUACAACAUAGAAGCGGAAAACGCUGCUGAAUUCUUAGAAAUGGUCAAGUAUAUUCAAGGAGACGAAUUUGCCGCUUAUGCUUUCAAGCAACGGUUAUCAUGGCAAGUUUGUAUAAAUAUAUUGAUUAUUAGCGGGUGCAUUGGAAGUUAAAAUUAAA